AUGGUAUUCACAUCUACGCAGCCGCGACUAGACAUCCCCACCAGCCUCCCAAUCUGGGACUUCCUCUUUGACUCGGACUACUCUCCCCUUCGUCAAUUUCCAGCCUCCCAGCUAGGCGGCUACGUCAAUGCCAUUACCAAGGAAGAAGUCCGCUACGAUGCGCUCAAAGAGCUCACCACGGCCAUUUCCACGGCCCUCGUGAAGAGAUAUGGUCUAGAACCAGGUCAGACGAUCGCACUAUUCAGCCCCAACACCAUUUGGUACCCGGUUGCCAUGCUUGCGACCGUGAGAGUUGGAGGCAUUAUAUCGGGCGCAUCGCCCGCCUACAACGUCGAGGAGAUGGCGUACGCGCUGAAGACUGCACAUGCGCGGUUCCUGAUGACGGUGCCGUCGUCACUGGUCGUUGCCGUGCCUGCUGCGGCGCAGGCUGGGAUUCCGAAGGAACGCAUCUUCCUCCUGGAAGGGGCGGAGGAUGGGUAUGUGACCGUGCAGCAGCUCAUCGCCAUCGGACGAGACUACAGUGCCGACGGUCAAGUCGCUUCGUUCCAGCUGCCUGUGGGGAAGACGAACCAGGAUAUAUGUGGGUUUUUGAGCUUCAGCAGUGGGACGACGGGGCUGCCAAAAGCGGUAGAUUUACCUUUCCCCGAGCAGGGCUUCACUGGCCUCGUCCACCAGAUGCACCUCCCCAUCCUCCUCAACUCGGAAGUCUACAUGCUUCCCUCAUUCAGCAUGAAAACCAUGCUCGACACAGUCGUGGAAUACCACAUCCGCGAGCUGCUCCUCGUCCCGCCCAUUCUCAUCCGACUGCUUAGCGACCCCAUCGUAGCAAAGUACGAUCUUUCGCACGUGGAGCGCUUCUUCUCCGGGGCGGCGCCCAUCGCAGCGGAGGUGCUAUCGCAGCUGCAAGCCCGCUUCCCGCACACGGGGUUUAAGCAAGGCUACGGCAUGACCGAAAGCUGCAGCUGCAUUACGGCGCAUCCGCCCGACAAGUCGACGUACGCGUACGCCACGCGCGGAGGCGUCCUCGUCGCCAACACGGAGGUCAAAGUGCUUGACGUAUCGAGCGGGGAUGAGCUGGGUGUGCGCCAGGAGGGCGAGAUCGUCGCGCGCGGGCCCCAGGUGGUCAUGGGCUAUCUGGGGAACGAGAAGGCCACGCGCGAGACGUUCUCGGGGCCCGGGGAGCGGUGGCUCCACACGGGUGACGUGGGGUUCGUGGACGAGGAGGGGUUCGUGACUAUUACCGACCGCAUCAAGGAGAUGAUCAAGGUCAAGGGCGUGCAGGUAUCGCCGGCGGAGCUGGAAGAUUUGCUCCUGGGGCAUGAAGCCGUGGACGACGUAGCCGUUACGGCUGUGACGGACGACUACGCAGGGGAGAAGCCCAAGGCAUAUGUGGUGCUGGCGCAGGGGUCUCCCGCGGAUAUAGACGGGUUAGUGGACGUGGGACGCCAGAUCUUGGAGUUUGUGCGGGCUCGCAAGGUGCGGGAUAAGUGGUUGGUGGAGGUGGAGUUUGUGGACGAAGUGCCCAAGAGUGCGAGUGGGAAGAUCCUGCGACGAGUGCUGCGAGAUCGAGAACGGAAUCCGGUCGAGGGGAAGCGGUUGGUGGUGCGAGAUGAGCGGACGCGAGCGAAGUUGUAA